CGUAGGAGAGAAAUGAUGUGAAUAACAGAGGGUUCCCGACACAAUAUGAUUAAAACAGCUGUUCAUUCAUCUCAUCUCGCUGCAAGAAUAGCGGGGAAGCUUCACGCGCUCCACGGUUUAUGAGAGGAAGCUCAAGGUUCCCGGUGCAACCAUGCCCGUCUCCCUGCUGUGGGCGGUGGACGUGUACGGCCGGGUCUACAGCCUGUCCACGGCGGGGCAGCUGUGGGAGCAGUGCCGUGACGCCCAGAUGGAGUUCAAGCGGGUGACUGCAGCUCAGCAGUGCUGCUGGGGCAUCGCCUGUGACAACAACAUCUACCUGAAUGUCCACGCUUCCGACCUGCCGGUCCGCUACCAGGAGGAAACCUACGAGAAUCAACGCUGGAAUCCCGUCGAUAGUUUCUCGGAACGUCUGUUGCCAAGCGACCGCUGGCAGUGGAGUGAUGUCACGGGUCUGCAACACCAACCUCUCGACAACUUCCUGCUUCCCUCCGGCAGCUGGGAGUGGGAGGGGGACUGGCAUGUGGAUGAAAACUUUGAAGGAGAGCCCACGGAGAAAAAGGGAUGGACCUAUGCCAUUGACUUUCCCGCCUACUACACCAAAGACAAGAAGUGGAACUCCUGUGUCCGUCGCAGGCGAUGGCUCCGCUACAGGACAUACAAAGCCAUGGACACCUGGGCUAAGAUUCCCUCACAGGAGACGACUCUACCAGAUCCUUUCAGCGACAUCAGCUGUGGAGGCUGGGAGAUCAACGAGGAGCCGAGAGGUCGUCUGUCACUGUGGGCCGUGUCCCUGCAGGGCAAGGUUUGGUUCAGAGAAGGAAUCUAUCACCUGAACCCUGAAGGCUCUUCGUGGGAGGAGGUGUCCCUCCCCGGGGAGGUGAUCCAGAUCAGUUGUGGCCCGGUGGACCUGAUCUGGGCGGUGCUGUGGGAGGGCCAGCUCAUUGUGAGGGAGGGCAUCAGCAGAGACUGCCCCAAAGGUACUUCCUGGGCGGAGGUGGACUCCCCCAGUCCUGAUGUGGGAGCCACACAUGUAGCCGUGGGGAUCAACGUUGUUUGGGCUUUGACCAAAGACAACAAGGUGUGGUUCAGGCGCGGCGUGAACUCCCACAACCCCUGUGGCUCCGGCUGGAUCGGCAUGAUCGGAGAAAUGACCAUGAUCAACGUAGGACUCAACGACCAGGUGUUUGCUAUCAGCUGUGAGGAUCGGGCGGUGUACUUACGACAAGGCGUGACCUCUAGUGAACUGAGCGGGAAAACCUGGAGGGCCGUCACCGUCCCCCGAGACGGAGACCGAUCCCACUCCAGUGCCAGCGCGAGCAGCCUGCAGAGUGCUGGAUGUUACUUCUGUGGUGAGGCGCGUGCUCAGUCAGCAGUGAGCGAUGUGGAAUCAGACACAGAGAGAGGAUCUACAGAUGGAGCCAGCCGCCCCGUCGCCUCCCCCCCCCCAGAAUCCUCUGUUGUUGCCCCCACAGACGAACCUGUCGAGACCCCCAAACCCCGCAUCCCCAAAGUGACCAGCGACAGCUUCAUCUCUGAACUCGUCUCUGACCGAGAACCAGGAAAGACCUCGAGAGAGGGCGGUCCUGCCGGUCCGGCUGUUCUGGAGGAGGACCCCGUCCCCGGAGAAGAAGAGGUCAAAGCCCCCAGCGCUAGUGUAGCUCUUUCCCCCAGCCAGUCUGGAGGUCCCCUCGUCCCCCAGUGGAGUAACGUGGAUCUGGAGGAGGUGCAGGCGCAGACUGUAGCAGCGGCGGACUCAGCUGACACCUGCAGCUUGUCAUCAGUGGCCACAUACACGCUGGCCAUGGAGGACCCGUAUGGGGCAGAUGAGCACCCUCUGUGGGCGUGGGUCAGUGGGGGCGGCUGCUCUGUGGACAGUCACUCCCAACUCAACUGGUUCAACUCUAUGAACGCUUCUUUGGUGCAGUCCGUCCAGUCCAUGAGUCUGUCUGUCACCCCGGCCCAGACGGCCGCCUGGAGGAGACAAAUCUUUGAUCAGCUCAAUGAGCGGACCAAAAGAGAGAUGGAUAAUUUCAGACAUUACGAACAAGCCGUAGAACAGUCUGUGUGGGUGAAGAAGGGAACCAUGCAGUGGUGGAGAGACUGGAAGCCACACAAGUGGAUAGACGUUCAUUUUGCCCUGGAGCAGUUCUCAGGACCGGAGGGCAACAAGGACGGCAUCCUCUUCAUCUAUUAUAACUUUUUUGAGGAGAAGAAGUACCUGCACGCCUUCAUCAACGAGGUCACCAUCCUGGUCCCUGUGCUGAAUGACUCCAAACACUCUUUUGCCAUCUACACUCCUGAGCGGACUAAACAAAGGUGGCCAAUCAGAUUGUCAGCAGCCACAGAGCUCGAGAUGCAAGAUUGGCUGGCGUUGUUGAGUGUCUCGUGCUGCGACUCCAGGGGGAUCCAGGGUCCGCCCUCCAAACAGGCCGUCUGGUCCAUCACCUGCAAAGGAGACAUCUUCGUCAGUGAGCCCUCCGCUAGUCUGGAGGCCAUGCCUUACCCCACACCCUGCGACCAGAUGUUCUGGCGGCAGGUGGGAGGUCACCUCCGUAUGGUGGAGUGCAACAGUGUAGGUAUAGUGUGGGGGAUUGGCUACGACCACACCGCCUGGGUCCACAGCGGGGGCUACGGAGGAGGCUUCUUCCAGGGACUGGCCAGCAGCACAGAUAACAUUCACACGCAGUCAGACGUGAAGAGUGUCUACAUCUAUGAGAACCAGAGGUGGAACCCUGUCACCGGAUACACCAACAGAGGGCUCCCUACAGACCGCUACAUGUGGAGCGACGCAUCAGGACUACAUGAGUGCACAAAAACAAAUAUGAAACCCCCCUCCCCUCAGUGGACAUGGGUGGCGGACUGGACCGUGGACUACAGUGUCUCCGGGGGGACGGACAGAGAAGGCUGGCAAUAUGCGGCGGAUUUUCCAGCGUCAUAUCAUGGCCAUAAAACGCUGAAGGACUUUGUGCGGCGCAGGCGAUGGGCCAGGAAGUGUAAAAUGACCACCACAGGGCCCUGGCAAGAGGUUCCUCCUAUAUCACUGAGCGAUGUGACCAUCCUGCCGUGUGCAGCUCGGAGCAGCGUGGACGUGGUUCCUGUGUGGGCGAUCAGCAACAAGGGAGACGUACUCUGUCGACUGGGAGUCACCGCACUGACGCCUGCUGGAUCCUCGUGGCUCCAUGUGGGAACCGACCAGCCUUUCAAGUCCAUCUCCAUCGGAGCUGCCAGCCAGGUUUGGGCCAUCGCCAAGGACGCGUCUGCCUUUCACAGAGGAUCUGUGUCUCCACAGAGCCCAGCAGGAGACUGCUGGUACCACAUCCCCUCCCCGGCCAAACAGAAGUUGAAGCAGGUGUCUGUUGGGAGGACAUCGGUCUACGCUGUGGAUGAAAACGGUAACCUGUGGUACCGUCAGGGUGUGACCCCCAGCUACCCUCAGGGCUCCUCCUGGGAACACAUCUCGAAUAAUGUACGCAAGGUCUCUGUGGGGCCGCUGGACCAGGUGUGGAUCAUAGCGGACAAGGUGCAGGGCAGCCAGAGUCUGAGCUGUGGAACCGUGUGCCAUCGCCUCGGAGUCCAACCUAUGGAGCCUAAAGGACAGACGUGGGACUACGGCAUUGGGGGUGGAUGGGACCACAUCACAGUGAGAGGGAACUGCAUGGAGCCGCCCCGCGUCCAUCUUCCCUCUCUGACAGCCCCCGCCUCUCAGAGCCCCCUCCCUGUCAGGAACACGGAGGUCAAUGGCAAUGCUGUGGGAUGCUAGACACACACACACACACACACACACACACACACACACACACACACACACACUGUACAUAGCCUUUCUAAACCAUAUUACCUUUCUAGUAACAUUUAGGAUGUAGUCUUUGUUUAAAAGUACUUCUACUUUUACCGCUGGAGUAGCAUCAAAGAUAACUUCACACUCUCGAGGACAAUCUUCUCGUCAGUGUAACACAAAGUUGUGACUUUUGGACUUUCAGAACAAUCUUAAAUGCUGAGCUUUUCUCUAAAGACAGUUUUUUGUCUUUUGAAGUGAAUGUUGUUAAUUUUUACUAAACUGUACGGGCAUUACUGUCUCACUUUGCUGUUUGUCUUUGGUCACUGACAUUGAACUUGAUGGUCUUAAUCCAAUUUCUCCUUAUUUAUUCAUCCAGCUGUCGAGUUUCUGCUGGUGUUUGAGGUUUCUGUGUAUAGAAGACGGGAAGGUGAUGUUUUUAUGAGGGAAAGAAUUUAAUGUACUUCAUUCCAUUACUUUAAAAAGAUAUCCGCCUGCAGGCAACAGUGUGACACGUGUUGCAACAGCCUGAUUCCUCUGGAAACAGAAGCUUUGAUAAGAGGGAUGGAGCAGGAGGGACCAUGGUGGAUGCAGCAGGCUUCACUGGCUGCUAAUCUGACUGACUGCAGAAAAACAUGCAGAAUCUGUGUGUUGCUUUCUGAAAGGACUUUUUGAAGCCAUAUGUGGGUUCAUUGCGCGCAACAAUCCUGCCAAUUGUUUGGAGCCAGAAAAUUCAAAUAAGGGUAACAGGAAGUGAGUUUGGACGAGAUCUGUAAAUCAAGGCAAGCACCCCAACACGUUAUUUUCUGUAAGCUUUAGUGUUUUAUUGGUGCAAGUAAGACUCUUUACUUCUUGUGGGGAAAAAUAUAAUAAUUUGCUUAAAUCUUUUUCAGAAGAUUUGAAGUUUUUCCCAUUGACUUCAAUGCAUUUGGAGUGUUUUUUGGAGCCUGUAUGUAGCAGCUGUAACACGACCUGCACCGGCUUCAUUUACCUGUGGUGGUUGCUGCUUGCCUUGUACCUAUAGUGGACUAAUGUUAUAUAAACAUUUCAAUUUUUUGUUUUCUAAAAAUGUUUUAUUGUUCUGUCGGUGUCAUGGAGUAUGUGCAAUGGUUAGCGUUAUAAAUAAGGGACAAGUGUGGACACGUUGUAAAAGUCUUGUGGUUGAAAUGCUAAAACUGAACCUUCCUCUUUCUCAGGAGAAUGUUUGCAUUUGUGUGCCGUCGUCUACUUCCUGUUGGUGGUAGAACGACUGAGCAAUGAGAAGAAAAUGUUUUAAAAACACUAUAUUUUUGUUAUAAAUCUGUAAAAUAUUAAUAUUAUACAAUAGUGGUUUCUGCAAUUGUAAUAUGUUACGGUGGAGUUGUGACAAAGUAUUUAAUUUAAAUAGUUUUCCUUUUUAAUAAAUAAUCGUAACCACACUGAAUUAUUAUUUCAGGCAUUAAUUUAUUUUAGCAUUUGCUUACAUUCCCCCCCCCCCCCUCAUAUCAUAAUGUACUGUCUGAAUACGAUGCAGCCUUUGGAGAGACUGAACGUGUACAGCGAUCUGUGAAGAGCAUACUGUGUUACUGUAGCGUGCACAUCAGUGCUGUUGACAUUGUGGAGUACAUUUCUCAAGUGUUGUGCAUGGUCAAAGUAACAGUGCUUGUCUGUUAAUAAAUAAAUGUGUUUAUUGAUAAUAACUCCC